AUGCCGCGCAAGGUCAGCCACAAGAAGAAGGCGGCGGCGUCGGCGUCGGCGCCGCCGGCCGCGGAGAAGAAGGAGGAGAAGGAGGAGAAGGAGGAGGACCGGCCCGACGAGCACCCCUUCAAGGUCGGGUCCUGGCUCGUCGUCACGUGGCAGCCCGACGCCUCCGAGCGGCUCUGCACGAUCAUCGAGCGCGCCAAGGUCGAGGACGCGGAGCGCAUCACGCCGAACACGAUCAAGGCGUCGAAGGCGGACCUCGACGCGCGCGACGACGGCCUCUGGCGCUACUACGUCCACUACGCGGACUUCAACCGGCGCAUGGACGAGUGGGUCAAGCCGGAGCGCGUCGCCCUGAAGCCGAGCGCCCUCGAUCCGUCCGACCGUCGCUCGAAGCGUCGAUUCGACCCGAGCGCGGGCGUUUCGGAGCUCGGCCGCGCCGCGCCGCGCCACGGCCGAUUUCGGCGCAGGCACGACGAGCACGAGGGCCUCGACGAGGCGUCGCUCCGGGAGCACGAGGAGGUCACCAAGGUCAAGAACGUCGGCGUCGUCGAGCUCGGCCGCCACGCGAUCGAGACGUGGUACUUCAGCCCCUACCCGAAGGAGUUCUACCCGGGCGGCUACGUCGACGCGCUCUACGUCUGCGAGCACACCUUCGCCUUCUACCGGUCGCGGCGCGAGCUGCGGCGCGCGUCGGCCCGCCUGGGCGCGCGGCGGCCGCCGGGCGACGAGAUCUACCGGAGCGGCGAGGUCGCCAUGUUCGAGGUCGACGGCGCGACCCCGGCGUCCCGCGCGCGGCUCGACUACUGCCAGAACCUCUGCUACUUCGCCAAGCUCUUCCUGGACCACAAGACGCUCUACUACGACGUCGACCCCUUCCUCUUCUACGUGCUCUGCGAGCUCGACGACCGCGGCUACCACCCCGUCGGCUUCUACUCCAAGGAGAAGUACUCGGAGGUCGGCUACAACCUGGCCUGCAUCCUCGCCUUCCCGCCCUACCAGCGCAAGGGCUACGGCCGCUUCCUCAUCGCCUUCUCCUACGCGCUGAGCGUCAAGGAGAAGAAGGUCGGCGCGCCCGAGAAGCCCCUGUCGGACCUGGGCCACAUCGCGUACCGGAGCUACUGGGCCGCGACGCUCCUGGGGGCCCUGUCGAAGCUGCCGGCCGACGCGCCCCAGAUCUCCGUCAUGGAGCUGUCCAAGGCGACGUCCAUCAUGGCCGACGACGUCGCGGCGACGCUCCAGUACCUCGGCGUCGUGCGCACGGUCGGCGGCGUGCCCGUCGUCUGGUGCCCGCCGGACGUGCUCAAGGCGCUCAUCGCCAAGCACCCGGAGAAGCCCCCCUUCGUCCACGUCGACGACCUCCACUGGACGCCCUUCUACACGGACGUCAAGAAGGACAAGUUCUCCAUCCGCGCGAAGCGCCCGACGGCCGAGGGCGGCCUCGUCGACUCCUACGCGUAA